UCCAUCGCUCACUCACGAGUCACGAGCGAGCUGGGCGCGUACGUCCUCCAUGCCGUUUCAUCAUAUAGCUUAAAAGUGCUACAACUGCUAGGACCCUCACUCCCUCGCACAGAGCCGUGAUGGUUGCCGAAUCCUUCCUUCUUGAGGAAACAAGAAAAUUGCAGCAUGCGAUCACAUGCAGAGUAUCACGGGCGGGGCAGCAGAGGGACGGUGCACCGCGCGCGCACACACUGGCCAAGACGUCCAUCCCCACCUUUCUCUCAUCACUGCGCCCUACUUACUCGGUUACUCCUUCCACUCCACUGCUAGUGAGCUCCGAUGCGUCCGUCCGUCCGUCCGUCCGUCCGUCGAGAUCCAGGAUGAUCCCGGCCGGUGCUGCAGCUGCUGCUGGUGGAGCGGCAGGGAUGAUGCGCAUCCGCGAGGUCGCACGGGCGCACAUCGUCCUCGGGUGGGCCACCGCCCUCCUCGCCGUCCUCGCCCUCAACCUCCCGCCACAGCUUCAGGGGACGUGCAGGACCACCGAGGAUGAGGUGGCGCACAUGCGCGUCGACGCGCUGCUGCUGCUGCUGUCCAGCGCCGCCCAGGCCGCGGCGGCCACGGUGGCCGCCUUCGCGUUGGAGGACUGGCGCACGGGAGUGCCCUGGAGCUUCGCUGUCUUCGCCCAUGGGAUGGGUGUCGCCACCUUCUACCGCCUCGACAACGUCGUCUUCUUGGUGGCGCGCGUCACCGUCGGGAGCUGCCCCAGCAGCCAUGUGCUCGUCCACGGGAACCCCCUGGUAGCCCACUUCAUUCUGCUCGCGGUGCCCCUCGGUCUCUUCUUCCUGUUCGGCGUCUGCAAGUUGAUCUCCGCACUGGUAUACCCUUAGUUGAUAUCGAUCGAUGCGUCACGCGUUGCUUCUCUACCCAUUUCCCUGCAGUACUAGUGCUAUAUCUGUUUUGGAGCACUCUUUCUACCUAGCUUGCUACUACUGGUGUGUGUGUGUGUGUGUGUGUGUGUGUGUGUGUGUGUGUGUGUGUGUGUGCAGUGACUAGUGACUGAUUAUGUAUGUGUGUUAAUUACGCGUAGUUUGCUACUACUUGGUGUGAGAGACGAUGAUGCCAAGAACACUGGUGUGUGUGUGCGCGCGCGCAACUGUGUAAUGGCAACUACCUUAGCCAAAUUUCUCUCCGAAGAACUACCUUGGUCAAAUAAAAGCAUUCGGAGUAGAUUUUUAUGCA